AUGCCAUCGAGAACAUCUCCAGAUGGCUCCAAGCCACUCGAAAACACCUUGUUGUUCCAACCGCUGAAACUUGGUGGACUGAAAUUGGAGCACCGAGUUUUAAUGGCUCCUCUAACUCGAAUGCGUGGGAGCAAGAUCUCGGAUGGCGUGUACGCGCCGGGUGAUCUUAACGUGGAAUACUACUCACAAAGAGCGAGCAAGGGUGGUUUCCAGUUGACCGAGGCGUGCCCAAUUAGCCGUUAUGCGGCAGGGUAUCCUGGAGUGCCGGGUAUUUUCACGACAGAGCAAAUAGCUGGCUGGAGACGGGUGACUAAUGCGGUACAUGCCAAAGGAGGCUUCAUUUUCUGCCAACUCUGGCACGUUGGGAGGGCCACGGUGCCAUCCUUCCUUGAUGGAAAAGACUGCGUCAGCUCCAGCAAUAUUCCGAUAUCUGGCAAAGCCUUGGACGGUACGGAGUACGCGGCCACACCCCCCAGGCCAAUGACGGUGCAAGAGAUCCAAGAGACCGUCGCCGAAUAUGCAGCCGCGGCGAAGCGAGCAAUAGAGGCUGGAUUUGAUGGCGUUGAAAUCCAUGGAGCAAAUGGUUACCUCCUAGAUCAGUUCUUGCAUGAUAAUGUCAAUGUCCGAGAUGAUGCAUAUGGAGGUUCCAUCGAGAAGAGAAGCCGUUUCGUCCUCGAAGUCAUCGAGGCCGUCACCAAAGCGGUUGGAGCUGAAAAGACUGGCAUCCGCCUCAGUCCAUACAACUACUUCCAGGACACCCGCGAUUCGAAUCCUAAUGCUCACUGGGCGUAUCUCUGCGAGCAGAUUGCGAAACUCCCCACAGAGCACCGGAUCGCAUACGUUCACAUGGUUGAGCCAAGGUUUGACGAGGAAUUGGAUGAGGCCGCUAAGAUGUCCUCGCUGGCAGACACCACUGACGCUUCGAGCUCGACGGAGGGUAAAUUCUCGCUCGUGCCUUUUAGGAAGAUAUUAAAGAAUGGAGGUGUUAAAUUCCUUGCAGCAGGAAAUUUUGACAAGGACAACGCCGCUCCUAAGUUGGAAUCAGAUGCUGCAGACGCUAUCAUCUUCGGCAGGUGGUUUAUCGCUAACCCGGACCUACCGCUACGACUCGCUGAAGGCCUGCCCCUCAAUCCGUACGAUCGCAGCAGCUUUUACGGCGCUUCGCCACCAAGCAAAGGGUACGUGGACUACCCUUUUUAUCAAUCGGUAGCCACUGUUGCGUAG